AUGAAGCAGAAGAAGCCCAAGGGCGGCCCGGCUCGGACCGGGCCUGGACGCAAACGGAAAGGCCUUAGUGAUGUCUCCCCCUCCACCAGUUUGCCCCCACUGGUCGAAGGCCAACUGCGCUGCUUUCUGAAUCUGACCGUUAGUAAAAUCUUAUGGAUGGUGACCAAACCUCCAGCUUCCGUUGUUGUGCGCGUGAGGUGGUGGGGAGAAACUUCGGACGGGACUGUCUUCAUCCCCCGGGGCACUUCUCAGGUCGAACAGAAAACGUUUAAAACCACCACCCGCUACCCAAUUCGGUGUGGCCCAAAACAGUUUGCUUCCUAUCUGACAGAUAUGGGUGCUCUUGUACUGGAAGUAAUGACCAGAACAGACCACCUUCCCAUUGGGCGUGUUCAGAUCUGUGGGCUGUCACAGCUCUCUCCGAGUCAUCCCAUCAGUGGCUUUUUCACCAUCGUGUCCCCGAAGUCUGAGAAGACAGGAGAGCUGCAGGUGUCGCUUGUUCUGGAACCCCUGUCCGAAACCUAUGACAGCAACAGCUCUGUUCCGAACACAGACGUGAGCUUCAGUAACUGUUUGCCGGCCCAGGGAGCCAAAGAGGCAGCCGAUUCCAGCCACUUCCUUGCCCCGUCUCAGCUGUACAGACCCCACAGUGGGAGCAUUGUCGGAAGCGAGUCUAUCAGCAGUAGCAGGGCCCCUACACCAAGGGGGAAGGAUCACUUGUACUUCCCAGAGAAUGCCGAGCACCUCAGAGAAGGCUUCAGCUCUGAUCACGAGGCCCGAGCCAGACAAGGCGGGGGAAACCUGAAUCCUGCCCAUGUUCUUUCUUUGCACAACCCGCCCUCAAAAGACCUCCUUUCAGCCCUCUUGGAUCAAGGGCAUAAACUUCGGAACGCCAUGGUUGCAUCUGCUUUGAAAUCCAGUCCUGACACUGGCAUAGAAUUGUAUGAAGCUCAUCCUUCCCUAAAGCAAGAAGAUCCUAGAGCAGCAGGAAAGAAUCUGAAAAAUCUGAAUUCUGUUCUCUUAUCUGCUGGCGAGGAUACUCAUCAGCCUCUACCUGACAACUUAGAAUUUGAUUUGCACGCUGAAAACAGAGCAAUCCAGCUCCUGUUAGGCAGCUCCGACAUCCCCCCUAUAGAUCUUCUGGAUUGCUCCCCUCCAGAAUCAGUGUCCCUUGGGAGUGAGGUGUAUGGCAGCGAGCUGAACGAUCCCCACUAUGACCAGAGUCUGCUAGAGAACUUGUUCUAUACGGCUCGGAAGUCCGAUAGCAGCUUAAGCGACUUGCUCAGCGAUGAGGAAGACCCCGUCUCUUGUGAAAAACGCAGCAAACGCCACAGGUCGCGGAACAUGUUGGAGUCUGGUUCUGUGAGGCAGAAAGGGAAGGCCAGGGAGACAAAAACCAGCAGUUCUCCUGCAAGGCCUUUUCCCCUUCAUGAGCCGCCCGUGAAAUCUGUGGGAGAAGAAACCCACGAGGUCAACUUGAGCCUGGACAGGCUGGCGAUGCUGGGUCGGAUCCAUUUGGCCAGAGUGGUAAUUGAGAGCUUGAAGGUCCCGCCGGAAACCAGCACUCAGAACACCCCAGGCAAGAAAAGCUCCGUGGGGAAACCCCCCAAGCCAGCUUCGGCUCAAAAAAGGACAUUUUUUGUCGAGUAUCACUUUCCAGUGAAAGCUACAAAGAAUGGAACAGGGCAAGUUGCAGUAACAACAGAGAUCAUUCGGGUAGCUUCAAGUAAAAUCUCGAAUGAAGUGGUGAAGUUGCAGCAGCGUUAUGUGUUCCCUGUUCACUUCAGUGGGACGAUGAUAACCCACUGGUGGAACUCGGACCUGGUGUUUAAUAUCUACUUGAAAAAAGGUGCACAAAGAAAGCCAUUGCUGAUUGGCUCUGCAGCUUUUCCUCUGCGAGACGUAAUUCAGUCCGAGCAGCUAACCAUCAGUUGUGAGUUGCCUGUGGAAGAAGAAGGUGGCUUUGCUCAGCUGGGACCUUUAAAGGUAUCGUUGGAGCUUGCUGUCGACAACAAAGACUUCUCCAGCGCCAAUACCAGGCCAGCCAACGUGGCUUCACAAGCCCCAGUUUACUCUGUGAGAAGCCCCACGGUGAAGUUGCAAAACCCCUCUGGGGACGUCACGCCUGUCAAAAGCCCUCAGCCCUCGAAGCCCAACAGCUGCCAGAUCCACACCAAGAUCCACGAGGCUUGGCCCACCGCUUCUGAAAAACUCAGCAGGGGUGUGAAUCAGGAGCCGGCGCCAACCUCCAUGUCCCGUAGCCUGUUGACCCAGAUGACCACGUCGGAGGAGGACGGUUUGCUGCUGCACGUCCUGCUGAUGGUGCCGGAAGGGAAUGACUUUGUUCCCAGGGAUGCCGGACUCCAUGGCUCUUGUAACGUGUAUUUGAACUGCAAACUCUUCAGCACAGAAGAAGCAACAAGAUCGGCCGUCGUGUGGGGCACAAGGCAGCCCACCUUCGGCUUUUCUCAGGUCACACCGAUUUCCCUGACCUCGAAGCACCUGGAGAGACUGAAGAACAACAUCAUGGUCCUAGAGGCCUGGAAUAAGAGGCCCAGCCCAGGAGGAGACCAGCUGCUGGGGCUGGUGAAGCUCCCGUUGCAUCAGUUCUACAUGUCAUUCAAAGACCCCAAGAUCUCUGCCCUACUUCUGCAGGCUCAGUAUCCAGUGGUUGCUGUGGACGGCUCUUUGCCCGUGAUCGACGUCUUCACUGGCAACAAGAACGGAAGCCUGAGGGUCCUUCUGGCCAUGGGUUCGGCCAAUCAGAUUGUGGCCCUGCAGAGGCUAAAGAAUGAUGAAGGGGCCCUGCCUCCCAGUAUGCAGCGCUCUGCUCAUGCUCUGGAUCCCCCAGCAACGCCUCUUCCAAAGCAGCUGUCCACGAGAGGAGAAGAACUCAUGGAGCACGUCUUCGAAGUCCACAUUGACAGCGUGAAAGGGCUCACUCCCCUCCAGUCCACCGUCUGGGGAGAGGCCGACUGUUAUGUCCAGUAUCAUUUCCCAGUUCAGGAGUCGGAGGCCAGCGUGCUCCGGGGGACAGAAGUGUGCGAGAGCGGUCUCAGGCUAAAGCCGUUCCGCUCAGCGACUACCCUCUGCGUCCCUGACCCCGUCUUCAACGACGAGCGUCAUCACUUGUUGCUGGUCCCUGCAGACGUGCCUGUCCAGAGGCUGCUGCUCAACGCUUUCUCCUCACAAGGGCUAGCUGGAGGAGGGGGGAUCCAGUUUGAAAUCUGGUGCAGGUAUUACUACCCUAAUGUCCGAGACCAGAUGGUGGCCAGGGGGAACCUCUCCCUCUCACGCCUGUGCGCCAUGGUGACUAUGCAGCGCCGAGACCAAGUGGGGAUCCAGACCUUCAGUCUUCCCUUGAUCCCCAGAACUGAGGAUUCCAGGAAACCCCAAUCUUCAGGUUUGCUGGACGUGAGCGUGAAGUACAGGUGCUCCCUCAAAGCUGCCGAAGGAGUCCUGGCGGCUCAGGCCGUUUCCAUUUCAGUUCAAAUACACCGAGCGGCUGGUUUGCAAACGGCUGCCAGGGCAUUGGCUGAAAAGAACCCUUCGCUGCAGUACAGCGCAGACGUUGGAGUGAAUGUCUACGUGACGGUGCACCUCCCUUUCCUCCCUGAAGGGGAGAGGCGCAUCACACGGACCGUGGGGCGCACCUUUUGCCCAGAGUUCGAGCACCACGACGAGUUCCCGUGCAAUCUCGUGGUCCAGAGAAGCAGCGGCGAAGCGUGUUGCCUGGGGGAGCUCUUGCAGUAUUCCGAGGCCGUCUUCUCCGUCUUCCACCAGAACCUGAAUUCGGCUCCUGGAACAUCUCAGGCUUCAAGAGAUUACCUGCUGGGAACAGUCAAAGUGCCAACCAAAGAGCUGUUAACUAGAAGAUCGGGCAUUAGAGGCUGGUACCCAGUAACUCUCCCGGAGGAUCUGGCCCCUCCUCAUUGCGCCAACGUCAUCCAAGCCAUCGUCGGAGGCCUGGAGCUUUCUGUGAGCUUUCCUCACCCCGGGGACCGAGAGCGCGUUCUGGAUGCCGCCGCCCUCUUAGGCUGGAACUGGGAGGACACCCUAGGGGAAAGCCCGCAGGACCACAGCGACAGCGACUCUCCCCUUCCUCCGAAUCCUGCCACGGUGACCAUUUCGAUCCCUAGGCUGUGGUUGCCAGUUCACUGUCUGUUGCUUGCAGGGCAGGCGCAGGUCCACAAACGCACCUACUGCUACCUUCGCUACAAGCUGUACGAUCGAGAAGCCGUGUGGACGUCUCUCAGAAGGCCGAGGUUAGCCGAAGACCAGAAGCACAUGACGGUGGCCUUUAAGAGCCAGCAAGUGGUCCUUCCGAGGAGCCCGGCGCUGUUGUGGUACUUCCGGGAGGAGAGGCUGGAGUUCCAGGUGUGGCGCGCUUACGGGAACGAACGGCACGCGGAAAGGCCUCUGGACACAGAUCGCCUGAUUGGGUCGGCGUACGUGGACCUCGGAACACUUGGGGAGGAUUCAAGAAGCACGAGAACAGUCAGUGGCAUCUACCCCUUAUUCCGACGCAACGCUUCAAACCUUCAAGGAGCCGCCGUGCGCAUUCACAUCGCGCUUGCACCUCCCGCCCCCCGCAGCCUCGAACCCGCUGAACACGGCGGCAGUAGCAGCAGCGAGUGCGAAGAAGGAAGGACAGUGCCCUUGACUGGCCAGCAAGACUUGGAAUCUCACAGCCACGAGCCAGAUCCCUCUGCUGUGGGGGCGCCCACCGAGAAAUCCCCUGAGGAGUCCUGUCCCGCAGCGGAUUCCCAGAAGACGUUUGCCGUUAGUAUUCUCGUGGAAAGAGCCAUGCACUUAAGCUUGAAAGGAAGCCCCCUCACCGAACGCGGAGUGACAGCUCCCAGCAGCUACGUGUCAUUCGUGACCGCUGACCCCAGCAGCCCUAAUACCACCGAAAUAGUGGAAAAAACAGACUCGCCCAUUUGGGAUUUUCAGCAGCAGACCAGGCUCUCCAACGAACUUCUCUUGGACCCGCAGCAAACUCUAGUCUUCAAAGUAUGGCAUAGAGCAGACGUCGAGCGAGUGAUAGGCUUUGCAUCUGUCGAUCUCUCCCCCCUCCUCUCGGGCUUCCAGUUAGUUUGCGGCUGGUACAACAUCACGGAUUUCAGCGGACAGUGCCAAGGGCAGCUCAAAGUAGCCGUUUCCCCCCUUGAAAGUAUCCUUCAUCUCAAAGAAGAACGGCAGGCAAGAAGCAGGAUGAAGGCCCCAGGAUCUGCAAUCCCAGCAACGAGCCCCUUUGCGUUCCAUGUGAGGGACUUGUGUGCCGCGUUCCCCACCUUUUCCACAAGAGGCAGCGAAGAACUCUUUAACCCUUCAUCAAAGGACACUGAGGCCACCGAUCAUGAGAGAACCGGAUCCUCUGUUUUCUCCCUGCCUCGUCACGAAGAACACGUGAAAAACAUCCGCCGGUUCCACGAGUCUUUGCAGCAGGCGGAAGGGAACGCACACCGAGCCGGAAGGCUGGAUUCCCUGUCCCAGUCCUCACGCACUUCGCUUCUUCGGGCUCUCAGAAAAAACCUGAGCGAGCUGGAUGACAUCAAGAGGUACUUCAGUCAAAAGCUAACCAGGGCCUUCCCUGACGCGGGCCCUCCAGACAGAAACACGGACGGGCUCAGUGGCAGAUACCUAAGCGCUGCCUCCAGGAUGGCAGAUCCCGAAGGGAGGCAUCUGUUGGAGAAGUCCAGCCAUCUGGUGUCUCAAGUCAGCCAUCUGAUUAAUGGUAAGAUGCAAAGCCUGCAGAACGAUAGAACGAAAAAUGGCACCGAAUCUUCAGAUACUCCUGAAGCGCUCUCUUCACGUUUCAGUGCCCUUCCGGACCAGCGAGAGGGAGCAGCCAGGACUUCGGAGGAGCGCAAAGACCUCCCGAGGAAAGAAGCCUCAAGCGGCCGUGCAGAUGAAGAGCCGUUUUCCCUUCUGGAAAAGGCCUCCUGUGGACGGGGCAUGCUGUAUGAAUUCCUCGGUCAAGCCAGCUCCCAAAGCGACCCCCUUUUAGACACAGUACCUAGCCCCAGAGUGGAAGAGGUUUCUGAGUCCCAGAGUGAGGACGACUACGAAGAGGACGUUGUGGAGCCACGAACGUUAAACGAAAUCACCACCGUGACAGACAGAACCAGCCCCUGGUCGAGCCUCAUCUCCGAAGGGGAGCCAGAUCCUGACCAAGAAGCAAUCAAAAUAAGGGAAGCCGGCUGGCUGCAUGGCUUUGCAGAGCCUUUACUCACCGGGGUGCAGGAUGGAAGUGGCUUCUUGUCUGGCAUAACCCAGGAGGACUCCCUGAGCAUACCCAGCACCGCUAGAUCCGGCACUGGCCCCUCCGGAGAAGAGGGAGGUGACGAAUACGGGAGGAGACAAAACCUCGAAGGCAGCCCCAAAGACCCGUUCCCAUCGAUGCAGGCCUUAGAUCCCACUAACAACAGGCUUGUGGAAGAAGAAGAAGAGACUAUUCAGAAAGGAACCCUGGAAAUCCAGGCAGGAAAGACAAGUUUGGAACCUGCUGCUUUAUUGGGUGGCGAAGACUUUGCUGCGGGUGACGCCGUCGCUCCCGAGACAGAAGAGGGAAGUGGGGCUUUUGGUGCUGACCCUCUAGAUGAGGACGGAGCUGAUACCAAUGAGGAGGAGCACCGGUGUUCCCCUGGUUUGUCAGAACCUGCACAGCAGCCGAGUAGCUGCUCUGAUGAGGGUGACCGAGAUCCGCCUGAGGACUCAGAUGAGCCUCUGCCACCAAAAGUGGCGCUGUCCGAACCUGUUGUGGUCCCCAACUUCUUCCUUCCACCACAACAUCUGGAAGCUUCCAUGAGGCUGCUGAGCGUUUCGGCUUCUCCGCUGACCGCUGCUACUAAGAUUGGAAGCAUCACCACCACAGGGGGAGCCCCUCGCCGACGGCAGAACCAUCGCAAGCCAAGCUUGGUGGCGGCUGACCUGCCAGAAGAAGAAAUGAAGAGGAUCGCUAGAAUAUUUUCUGCACAGUUCUCCCAAUGA